UUGUUUAUAUCAGUUGUUCCUUAAUUUGAGGAACCGCGUUAACUUACUCUCAAUCUUAACAUGUCUGGCCGUGGCAAAGGAGGCAAAGUCAAGGGAAAGUCAAAGACCCGUUCCAGCAGGGCCGGACUUCAAUUCCCCGUCGGUCGUAUCCACCGAAUGCUCCGCAAGGGAUCGUACGCUGAACGCGUCGGUGCCGGCGCCCCCGUCUACUUGGCUGCCGUCAUGGAGUACUUGGCCGCUGAGGUCCUCGAGUUGGCCGGUAACGCCGCCCGUGACAACAAGAAAACUCGUAUCAUCCCUCGUCACUUGCAAUUGGCCAUCCGCAACGACGAAGAGUUGAACAAACUUCUCUCCGGUGUUACCAUCGCUCAGGGUGGUGUUUUGCCCAACAUCCAGGCCGUUCUCUUGCCCAAGAAGACCGACAAACCUGCCAAGGCUUAAAUUUCUCUUCCCUCUCGUCUUUUAAACAAACGGCCCUUUUAAGGGCCACCAAAUAAUUUUGAAAAAAAGGAAUUUGCUGUGCUACAUUUGCAUUUCAAUCCGGUUGUGAUAAUGAUAACGUUCACUGAUUCAUCGCAAGGUGGCAUUCUUAAUUGUUUUGAUUCAACCUUA